UAUUUUAAGACACGCCCAUGCUGUUUCCUGACUUGGGAAGCAAACUUUCUCAUCCAGAAACUUCUGCAUUGCUCUUCCAAUUUCUAGAAUCUUCGUGCAAGUUCCAUUAGUUUAUAAAUAUGGAUUUCCGCCGCAUACCUUUUCAGUUUACUACAACAGAUCCGUUGAAGCGCCAAGAGGAACUUCAAAGGCGAUUUGGUUUACCUGCGAAUAAAGGCAAUAUGUACGUUGAUUUUGCGAAUCCUGGUGCAAUGGGUACCAGGUCUGAUACUAACUCGGCAUCGAAUAGUCCAAGACUACAACAUAGAGUGCCUAUCUUUGUUGAAGGCCAAUCUGAACCUGUUAAACCAACAGUAGAUGCCCAGAAUGUAGAUUCUGGUCGAAGACCUCAUGUUCGUGUGAUACCUAUUGAAAUAGAAGGGGAGGAUAAUACUAGCAAAAGACAUCGUUGGCAUUCUGGCUCGUCUGAACUUUUAAAAGAAAGAGUUGAUGGUACAUCUAUACCUGUAGAAAAUGUUAAACAUCCUGUUCAAGGUCCAUCGCCUCAAUCUCCGAAAGCUCCUCGAGUCUGUAACAUUCCAAUCAAAAUUGAAGGAAGUGAUCAUGUUAUCCGACCUAAGUCCCCUGUUAAAACUCAAAAAGUAAAAACUCCAGAAACUCCAAAGCAUACAGGAGUGAAGCUAAAUGGUUGCAGUGCUUCAAAGGUAGCUAAAGUAAACGAGAAAAAAGAAUCUAAAUCAAAUGAGAAAAAAGAAUCUCCUGAACAAGUGACCUUGAAAAAGAUACAGAACAUUGAAGAAAAACUAAAAGAUUACCAUGCAGAUGUUGAAAAGUUUUCUGGAACAAACAAAGAAAAACAGUAUAGGUAUUUGGAUGAAAUGUUAACAAGAUGCAUGCUGGAGUUAGACGAAAUUGAUACUAUGGGAUUGGAUACUAUUAGACUUGCUCGUAAAGCAGCAGUAAAAAAAGUCCAAGCUAGUAUAGACUUAUUGGAGUCGAAGAUCAUUAAGGAAGAAAGUAAACAAGAUCAAGUUUCAAAAGAAUCGAUGGAAGUUGAAUCUUUAGCUAAUCAAUCAUCGGAAAACUUUGAGGAUACAGAUAUGAAGACUGAAAGUGUAGAAACAGAAGAAACUAAAAAGUCUGAAGAAACUAUUACUUCUGAAACAAAUAUGGACAAUCAGGACGGUAUAGAAACAGGAAGUGCCAAUAUUGAAAUGACUGAUGUUUUAUCAGAGCAGAUAAAUGAAAAAGUAGAAAAUAUUUCUAUCAUGGAGACGGAAGAUGCUGUGUUAAAACCUGAUGAAAAAGGUGGUAAAGAGCCUGUUGCCAACAUAGAUAGUUCGACUAACAAAACUAUUGUAACUGAUGAAAAAAUGAAUGUUGAAGUAAUGGAACCAGUGCAGAUCACGGAAAUAGAAGCAGGAGCAGAUAUUGUGGUCUCCGAGUCUGAGCCUGUAGUUGAAGAACCUUUAUCCGAUUCGAAAGAUGAAAAGGCUAUUGAAAUGGACUUGGAUAGUUGUAACUGUGAAAGUGACCUAAAGUUAGAUGAAACGUCUUCAGUUCAGAUAUGUGAAGUGGAAAAUGAUUCUGUUUCGGAUCUUAAUAAGUUGGAAGCAGGGACCAGCGAGCGUUCGGACCAAAACCUCAAAAUGGACGUUACUGAAACAUCGGACAUUCCAACAGAAACUGUUUCUAUUACUGAUGCUCAAACCGCUGUUGAUGCUAAUGUGACAACUGUACCUGAGCAAUCUGCUGUUUCCAUUGACUCUAAUAAGGAUUCAAAUAUAAUAAAAUCCUAAUAUUCCUCUUAAUUUAUAUAUACUUUAUAUUUAACAAGAGUUUGAUUCAGUCUUGCAUUCUUGUAAAUAAAUGUGCUUGUAAAUUUUCUUUCUGUAAAUAGCUUUUGUAGUUAAAAUUGUAUAUAGAAAUAAAUUAUUAAUUUAAAAUUA